CAGCCAUUGGUGGUAUUGCAAUAAAUCUGGAAAUAAGGAGAGAAAAAAAAACGAAAGUAGGCCUGACAUGCUGGUCGACAAUGUCGAUUCCCUCGACGUUGACAACCAGUUUUCUGUCUGCAAAUAAUACAAGACGAAGACAAGCGUGUCUUGUAGUCUCGAAAUUUCUGCACCUUAGCCAUGCAUUUUAUAAGAAGGGCCAAAGGUCAAGCUCGAACCAGUGGCUUGAGAGACAGAGAAGAGAUCCGUUUGUAAAACAAGCUGGGAAAGAGAAUUAUCGUUGUCGGAGUGCGUUCAAGCUUCUGCAGAUUGAUGACAAAUACGGCAUUCUCAAGCCCGGGCAGGUGGUUAUAGAUUGUGGUGCCGCACCAGGGUCAUGGUGCCAGGCUGCUGUGCAGAAAGUCAAUUCUUUAAAUCAAGACUCUUCCCAGCCUCAAGGUAUGGUGAUUGGAAUCGAUUUACAGCAUAUAGCCCCUCUGGAUGGAGCAAUCACCCUAAGCGGUUGUGACUUCACUUCUCCUGACACCUACGACAAAGUCAGCAGCAUCCUCCAGGAGAGACGAGUGGACAUCUUGCUGAGCGACAUGGCACCGAGUGCCACGGGGAUCAAAUCCCACAACCAUGAGCUUAUUGUUGGGCUUUGCUUCUCUGUCCUGCGAUUUAGUCUGGCUGUGCUGAAGCCAGGGGGGACAAUGCUGUGCAAACUAUGGCAGGGGGGUAGCCAAGACAGACUGGCCGCAGCGAUGAGGACUGUGUUUCAGGAUGUCCGAGUGGUCAAGCCCGAGGCCAGCCGUGAUGAUUCUGCAGAAGUCUUCAUGAUGGGACGAGGUUUCAAAAGUAAAAAGUCAGACGCUGGUUCGUGACGAAAGUUCCUUUUGAUUUCUGCUCUUCCAAGACUUGAAAACUGAAUGAAUUUCAUGGAUCUGACUUUUUCAUCAAUGGAUUGUGGGCAAUUCCAUUGUAACUGACGUGGCAUUCACACAUAAUUUUGAACAAAGUCAUUAAUCUCAAAACCAAGAUAAACUUUUAAUCAACUUUAAAGGUAUCAGGAACUUUCCAAACUAAUACAAAUAAAAGUAUAGAGGCUGUUUUUUACAUCUUGACUCUAUAUUGCAUGAAUUAUUAUUUUCAAGAUAGAAGAAUGUUUACUGUGCAUUAAUUUUGUCUUGAGGAUAAAGGAAAUGCAUUCUUAUAAAGCUGUUUCAAAAUAUUUUGACUAUUGUUACAUAACAUUGGUAUGUUGCCCGAGUGCAACACCAUACACCUAAGGCUAAAGUUUAACACCAGA